GUCGGGUCCCGCGCCAAGGCGCAGGGGAUGAACACGUACUUCAGCUCACGAGAUGGAUGGAGAAAAUCCAAGUCUGGUGGUGACGCUUUUCUCGUCAGUGGUUUCAAGGGCAUUUUCCUGUCAUUGAACCAACUCCCCCUUCUCCUUUGUCUUUGCAUUGCGCUUUGGCUGAUUUGGACAGGUAUUCUAGAUGUCUAGUCUUUCCUAAUCGGGCACCUCAUCUCGAGGGCCAUAGCGCAGGAAUUCCCAGUUAUAUACCCCCACCUCGCGGCCAUGAAGGAACACCAGCCUCCUCUCCUCCACCAGAUGUCUGUCCUCGUCCAACGCUUUCCAGAACCUCGCACCAUGUCGUUCGCAGACGCGAGUGUUGCGAAUGAGACCCUCGUGACCUACAUGACCGAGCUCAGGCGCACUGAGUUCGAUUGCAAUGUAUUCACAGACCCCGCCUUUGGAGGCGUCUCCAGCCGCCUACCACACGCCUUUCCGGAAACCACAGCCAUCUUCCGAGACCGAAUCUUCACCCAAGGGAUGUCCUUCGUGAUCGAGAUCGCGCGGGGCGAGUACACGCAAGAUCGCUGUACUGGCUGGACGCUAAGCGUCCAAUGGGAAGAGCGUGGUGCCACCGCCGUCCCGGUCGCCUCCUUCCGCGUGUUCCAUACGGUUUUCAAGGACGUGCACCGCGCGGUGACCAUCAGCACCGACCUCGUCCUCGAGGCCCUGAUCCGCUCCCUGCGCAGCUCUGCUCUCUUUUUUCUGGAUUACACCCUCAGCCCAGUGCAAAACCCAACUGUGUACAUUACUCCGGGUGACUGGGAGUCGUGCUGCGAGCAGUCGGUCGUCCUUUACCGCCACCAGCCAGCGCAGGGGAACGCAGCACCGGGGAUGUCGCGUGCACCCGAGUCGAGCGUUUUGUGGCAGGCAUUUGUAGCGGGAAGGAGUGGAUGGCGGACAGCGAAAGAGCAAUUGUAA